CCCACCUAAUCUGUCUCUCCCUAUAUAUAACAAAUGCUCUGCAGAAUUUGAACUCAAGUUUAUGGAGAGUCAGGAUUUGUCGGCACCGGACAUGGACGCAUCCCGACCGUCGCUAGGCUUUCCUCUCGGCACCGCCUUCCUCUUGAUCGCCAUCUUCACCAUAAGCGGCAUCUGCUCCUGCUGCUACCACUGGGACAAGCUCCGAUCACUUCGCCGAUCGUAUCCUCCUCCUCUUCAAUACCCAUCCUCGCCCCAUAAAUCCCGACUCUCCUCCGCGGAUAAGCAGAACAGAGGGCAGAGCUUUCCGGUGCUGAUGCCAGGCGAUGAGGUACCCAAGUUCAUAGCCAUGCCGUGUCCCUGUGAGCCUCACAGGAUCUCUGUUACCGUGCAGAAACCCCCCCUACUCACUGCGCCUCUGCCUUAGAAAUUAACCAGAUUAUUCGCUCUGUAAAUAUAUGCAUGCAUAUAUGUAGUCAGCGUGUAAAUUACUUCUACGAAUUUGAUUUGAUGGUUAAUUAUAUUGUGCAACUCAUUUAGCACUUUCCGGCGGUUUUUCCUUCUUCUUCUGGCCAUCGUCGGAGAGGGAAAAUCUGACUAGAUGCUUCUUUACUUUCAGCUCAAGAAAAGCACCCUGCUUGACUUUUUA